AUGUAAAUAGCAGAAAGUCUAAACCAUAUGAUUUAAAUAGAAGAAGAGUAGGAUCAAGUGAAUGCUUUAUCAGAAUCUCAAUAUGUGAUAAGCGAAGAUCUUGAUCCUUACUUGUACUUGAGUCCAGAAGAGAUGGAUAGGAAGUAGAAGGUGUUGGCAGCCUAGAUAAGAUGUGAAGUGGCACUCAAGUAUAAACUAUUGAGAUUGUUGGGAAUAAUGACAUUUUGGAGUACUCAGAUAUUAGUAGUAUGGGCAUUAAGAUUAUAGAUGCUCAAUCCUGAGGAUCCAGAAUUGUAUCACGCAUGUUUUAGACAUGUAAUUACAUUCCAAAUAGUGUUUUUGUUUUUGACUAUGUACUAAUAUUUGGAAGUGUACAUGGUAAGUCUAUUAAUAGUAAUUUGUUUGCCAUUCAUAAUACCAGUUAUGUUGUGGCAUAAAUUCAAACAGAAGAAAAAGAACUAUGAUAAUCAGCAGUCAUUGAAUGAACUUAAGAAGACAUGCAAGACGCUAUAUCACUCUGAAAAGAUUCAAGGAGAUCAAGAAUGUGGUAUAUGCAUGCAUGUAUAUGUUACUGAUGAAGAACUGUUAAUAUUGCCAUGUGAUCCAAAACACCACUUCCAUCUGCAUUGCAUCCAAGCAUGGUUGUUAAUAAAUUCCACUUGUCCUAAAUGCAGAGCAAGUUUUCUCAGAUUUAAUUAAUAGUAAUAAUAGUAAUAAUAAUGA